GUUUGAAUGUUUGAUUUUUAGAAUUUACAUAAAAUAUUAUGUGACUAAGACAGUGACUUUAAGUAUAGAUUUAUCACAUCGUCAUAAACUAUUGUCACAGCUUUUACAUAAGCUUUUGGUACCUUAUUUUUAUUCUUGACUCUUUCGUAAAAUGCAUUGAAGGGAAUGGCGGAUAGUGAUAGCGCAUAUUCUGCGGAGUUGUUGCGCGCAUAUACCCAGUUCAAGCUAGAACGCCAAAAACUUCGACAUGCAGCGUCUUCCGGACAACCCAAAGAGCCCCAAUCUCGCCGUCCGCUUCGUCCGCGCAACGACGGCGAAUUCAGUAUUCCGUCCACGUUUUCCGAACUCCGUCCCGCUUUGGACAUUCGCAAGUCCCGCUCCGGUGAGCGACGCAGUGGCUCCUCUGCGUCGAACAGCGUGGACAGCCGUUCUGUCAGUCCGCUCCGUCCUGUCAACGGAACCAGCGUCCCCGUGAAAACAUUGUCGCAACAAGUCCAUGAAUUGACACAGCGCGUAAUUUCCACUGCCGUGGAUAAUCAUCACCCACGCACAAAUGGACCCGUUCCCGCGAAGAAAAACAUUCCCAAGGGAUUUCGGAUUUCGCGUGCCGGACGGCGGAUCCAUUCCAGUUUGCCCGAUGUGGCGGAGGAAGAUGAACCUGCAUCAGCGCGUAGUCGAAAAUCACUUGUUAAUUCCGCCAGAUUGAGCAGGUCUGAAGAGAAUUUGAAGGAGCUCGCGGACCAUGUGAGAAAUCAGCUUACCCACGUGGAUACGGGGCAUGUACGGAGAAACGAACCAGCUCCAUCCCGUCCGCAAGGGAGCGCAAAAAUGGUGGAUAGUUUACUUCGUAUGCAGCAACAGAAUGAAUCGUUGCUGGCGCAUCUGAAGCAAAUGAUGUCCGCUUACACCAGCAUGAAAACAGCCUUGGAAUCUUCACAGAAAUCCUUAUCGGAAAAUCUUGCCAAAAGUGACAAAGUUGCACAAGAGAAAAAUUCGGAUAUUUUGCGGUUGCAGCAAGAUCUGGAAGAAUAUAAAAAAUCUGCCGAGGCCUACGAGAAUGAAAAACAGGAAGAAGGGAUACGCACGCAGAUGAUUGAGGUGAAGUUAGCCCAGGCAGUUAGUCGCAUUAGCAAAUUGCAGCGUGAAAACGAAGAUCUGGAAGAAUAUAGGGAGCGCUGCAAAGAUGCGGAAAAACAAGUGGCAAAGCUGCGCGUUGGAAAGGAGGAACAAAGUGCCCGUUAUCGAGAACAAAAGCGCGAAUGGGAGAUUAAGUUGCGCGAUCUAGAAGUGGCUAAUAAACAGUACCGUCAGCAGCUGGAAGAAAUUACGGUCGAACUGAUGGCCCUAGACGCGCCUGCGCUUAAUGAUGCGUGAAUUGCGUGCAAGUGUACGUUUGAUUGUUUUAUUAUUUUACCGAUCUCAGAAGUUGUUUGUGCUUUUAUUUUGUUAUGGUUUUGUGUACAGUGCAUAGUCAAAAUUUUUUUUAAUUUGGUUAUUUUUGUUUACUUGUUUCAACAGGAAAACGCAGUAAUAAUGAAGACAAA